AUGGUGGACGCCCUGAAAUGGGCAGCACUGCAUCUUCCCAGGGAUGAUGCUGUCAAGACAGAGACGCAAGCUGUUGCUUGGACCAUGCGUUCGCUCUCUGACGACCUUGAGUUUGGGCCGUUUGUGGAGGGGCUUGCCGAAGCGCUCUGGGACUUUGACAGACGGGAGCCCUGCGGCGCGUAUCGGGCGCAUUUCAAGAUUCUGUUACGUGAUCAGGAAGCUCAUCUCGGUCAGCGUCUUGCGGAUUUCAUGGCUGGCUCCAACAGCUAUAUACUCGAGCCCAAAGACCGCUUCCGGCGACAGGUCUCCGUGCUCCGAGCCAUCUGGGCCGUCUGUGCGUUCUCUCUACACACGGGGUCGCCUCUGCAAAGUCCGAUUGGAGACGCUGAUGUGGACAACGUGCUGCUCGGCUCAAAAUUUAUCGAUUCUGACGACAUGCAGAGCAUGGUCCUCAGCGUGUCCGCUUUGACCCGUCUGAACAUGAUUGAGUAUCGGAGCCGGCAGCAGGACCACACACAGACGAGCAGCUCUGACGCCGAGGCGGAGAAGCAAAAGCAAGUAGACAUCCAUUGGACGUACACGGAUUAUCUGGUGGCACUUUCCAAAUGCGCUACCAGCUUCCAACGGAAUGAGACCGCUUCGCUCUUCAAUCUUUCGGAAAUGCGAUUCACAGAAGCAAACGGCUACGAAACUCUGCAUCUGGGUCUCAUUCACCUGAUCAAUCUAACAUCAGACGAGACAGCGGACAAUCUCGUCUUUGCUGCUCGCAUGAUGAUCAGCCCGUUCGCCCAGACAUCGGAAUAUUCAUGGUGGGUGCGGCUCCAUGGUCUUGGGCCGUUCCUUGUUCAACAUCCGUCUCUCGCCGUCUCCGACCCAAAAUCUGACUCGCAGCCCUCUUCGAGGCAUCAUUACACCCGAUACCUCUGCCACAGUCUAUCCCGGAACUUGGAGCUGGGAUUCCAGCUCCAGCCAUCCGUUGACGCCCUCCAGCUCAUUUAUCGGAAUCUGGUCGAGGCCGAUGUCCCACCAAAAGAUCUUGAAACCCAUCUUUUGGUCCUCCGCACUCUGUGGACCGACGUCUGCACGCACCGUUUGGCUGCCAUCGUCCAGUGCGUCGUGCUCAAAUGCUUCCGGGAGGAUUUCUCAGGAUUGGUGGAUUUGUCGGAAUGGGAGCAAUUGCCGAGGAUGUUCGCGGACAAUGACUGGUUCUGCUCCGCGCUCGGCCUUGAUAACGACAAACGGACGGAGCGGGCAUCAGCCCAGCAAAUUCACUACUGCGCACGUGUGGGUGUUUUCACCACUUUCUUCAAGCAGUGUACCGCCCGAAGUCCGGAUCAAGAUGAGCGCGACCUGGACUGGGCAACGCUCAAAUUGGUAUACGCAUUCACCCUCAUUGAUUUAGUGAUCCCGACUUCACUGCAACGUCGAUUCGCCGAUGCCGCCUCUGGAUUCAUUCGCAAAUAUCCGAAGAACUGUCUUGCGGAUUCUCAUAGGCUCUACUCGGUACUUUACUGGGCCGUCGAAGAGGGCAGCGGGUACAUCACCAAUGUCGAUGCAUUGCGCGUCCUGGACACGGCUGUGUCGGAGGUGCAGACGGAAGAACAACAGGAAUCACACCGAUUCAAUGCUGAAUGGAUCCGCGGAUGGAUGGAGGAGCGACUCCUUCUUCCAGAGGACAAUUUUGCCGCCUUUGUCUCACUCGUGAGUGACGGGGAGCAAGGGGACCAUUGUUGA